GGUAGUAAGGAGGGAGAAAGAAGGAAAGGAAGGAAGGGUGAGAGGGAGGGAGGGUGUGAGAGAGAAAAAGGAAAGAAAAGGAAAAGGAAGGAAGAAAGGAAGAGGGGGCAGGGAGGGAGAGAGAAAGGGAGAAAGAAGGAAGGAAAUUUUUUCAAUUUUUUUUUCCUUCCCAUCACUUCUUCCUGCUCUGCUCUUACUGGAUCUUACUACUACAAUCUGCUGACUUAUUUAAAUACUAUAUAGACUGUGUGCGGUUGAAUUUGGUCCUCGCCAUGUCUUCUCACAAGACUUUCAGGAUCAAGCAAUUCCUGGCCAAGAAACAAAAGCAGAAUCAUCCCAUUCCCCAGAGGAUUCGAACGAUAACUGGUAAUAAAAUCAGGUACAACUCCAAGAGGAGACGUUGGAGAAGAACCCAGCUGGGUCUGUAA